AUGGAACACAUCUUUCUGGGAAAUGGCCCUGCGCAGCUGAAAGAGUUUUGGUGUAAAUGGAAGCAGUUGCACCCGGAGGACGACGUAUUUUCCACCCACGACUCCUCGCGUUUGCCCAGCUGCGUGCCCAUGAUGCUCCACCUUGAUGAAGGGACAUCCCACAAGCGGAAAGGUAUUAUGGUUCUUUCGGUCCAAAUUGUUUGCGGCAAGGGGUCCAAGAAGAGUACUGGCCAUAACUUUCUUGGCAGCACUUAUCUAUCGCGGAUGCUGUUCUCUGUGCUGUUGGCGAGGACACACAGCAGAAAGAAACACGUCCUGAACUCACUGCUGGCUGAGUGGCAGAAGGAUCUGAGUGAUUGUUACCGAAAUGGUAUUGAAGUUUCAGGGGUUCCUGGGGUCAUGAAGAUGUGGCCUGUGAUCCUGGCAUGCAAGGGAGACUGGCCAGCACUUACAAAAGCUGGCGGGUUGCUGCGACACCACUUGAGGGACGCCCCAAACUCUGACAACCCUCCCGGCAUAUGCCACCUUUGCCGCGCCGGGCAGCUUGGUUAUGCCUGGAAUGCUUUCGAGUCGGACGCCCCCUGGCUCCAUGCUGACAGCCCUCUUCCGUGGAACACUCCGUCCGCACUUACCAACCUUGCUCAAAACAAAAAGGAUCCAGCAAGUUUUUACGCCGUAGACUUGUUCCAUGUUUGCCACAAGGGAGUUGUGGCAGACUAUGUCGCUUCAGCGAUUGAAACUCGACCUACAAUCAUAGAGUCUGUUUCUUUCGAGUCGGUUUUUCUCUCAAAACCCCCGUGUGUUUGUAGAUAG